AGAUAUUAUUUAGCUCGUGCUUCACGAAACACAAAGUGUAUCGAAUAAUUGUGUUCACCAGUGUUGUAAUUAUAAUUUCAAUUUAUAAUGCCGUUGGAAAAUUUAGAAGAAGAGGGUUUAGAGAAGAAUCCCAACUUGGAGUUGGCACAAACUAAAUUCUUGUUGAGUCUACCAGAACAUAAGGAUGAUCCAUUUUUAAAGAACAAACUACUAGAUGCCAUUAAAGCAGAAAAUAUGGCUCCAUUCUAUGAGGAAGUUUGUAAAGACCUAAGUUGGUCUGUCGAUGAGGCCCUUUUAGCUGCUAUGAAAGCAAAGAAUAUGGAACAGUUAAAAAAAUUAGAUGAUGCAAUUGAGGAUGCCGAGAAGAACUUAGGUGAAAUGGAAGUCAGAGAAGCCAAUCUUAAAAAAUCAGAACAUUUAUGUAGAAUAGGUGAUAAGGAAGGUGCAAUUUCUGCAUUCAAAAAAACUUAUGAUAAAACUGUAUCAUUAGGACACAGAUUAGAUAUUGUGUUUCAUAAUAUUAGGAUUGGAUUAUUUUAUCUAGAUCAUGAUCAUGUUACUAGAAAUAUAGAAAAAGCUAAAAGUUUGAUAGAGGAGGGUGGUGAUUGGGACAGACGAAAUCGUUUGAAAGUAUAUCAAGGAACAUACUGCAUAGCAGUACGCGAUUUUAAAGAAGCUGCGACUUUCUUUCUAGAUACAAUCAGCACAUUUACUAGCUAUGAACUUAUGGAUUAUAAUACAUUUGUAAGAUACACUGUGUAUUUAAGCAUGAUAAGUUUACCUAGAAAUGAACUCAGAGAUAAGAUUAUCAAAGGUUCAGAAAUUUUGGAAGUACUUCACAGUAAUCCAGAUGUCAAAGAUUACUUAUUUUCUCUAUACAAUUGCCAGUAUGCUGAUUUCUUUAAAAAUUUAGCACACGUUGAAGGUUUAUUGCGCAGAGAUUAUUUGAUUUUUCCACAUUAUCGAUAUUAUGUUAGAGAGAUGCGCAUUCUCGCGUACACGCAACUUUUAGAAUCUUAUAGAUCUCUAACACUUCAAUACAUGGCCGAAGCAUUUGGUGUUACUGUAGAAUACAUCGAUCAAGAAUUGUCGCGUUUUAUUGCUGCAGGAAGAUUGCAUUGUAAAGUUGAUCGUGUUGGUGGAGUAGUUGAAACUAAUAGACCAGAUAGUAAAAAUUGGCAAUAUCAAGCUAUGGUCAAACAAGGAGAUUUACUGCUUAAUAGGGUUCAAAAGUUAUCGCGUGUUAUUAAUAUUUAAUUAUACAAAGAAUAAAUGGAAAUAUUAAAUUUUAA